AUGCCCAAGAGGGGCAGACCCUGCUGCUGCCUCUCCUCCUCUCAAGCCUUCAGAGACCCAGUUCCUCUCUCCCCACCCCAGGACUUUCCCAAGCAGCCUUACCUGCAGCCCCCGCUCAGCAUCCUGGUGAUUGAGCACCGGGCCUUUGGCUGCACCGUGCUUGUCGGUUCCCAUAUUGUCUCCCACAUGCUGCGAUUCAUACUCCGGGGUCAUGAGGAUCCCCCCGAGGAGGAAGGAGAAGAGGAGGAGAGAGGGGACCUAGUGCUCAAGGGGCCACAAGGACAGAAGUCCCUGGAUCCCUUCUUGGCUGAAGUGGGGAUGUCCAGACGGCUUCUGAAGGCUCCUCUGAAGAAGCUCCCCUUGGGGAGCCUCCUGAACCAAGGCCCUGAGCUGGAGGAGGACAUCCCAGAUCCUGAAGAGCUUGACUGGUGGUCCAAGUACUACGCCUCGCUGCAGGAGCUCCAGGGGCAGACCAACUUUGAGGAGGAUGAAAUGGAUGAUCCCGGGCAGUCAGAUGGGGUCAACCUCAUUUCUGUGGAUGGGGAGGCCCAAGACCAGGGUCAGGGUGAGGCUGAAGUCAAAGGCUCCAUAUCCCAGAAGAAAGCAGUAGCCACCCUGAAGAUCUACGAUGGCACCCUGGAGGAAGAGUUUAACCACUUUGAAGACUGGCUGAAUGUGUUUCCCCUGUACCGAGGGCAAGGGGGCCAGGAUGGAGAUGGAGAAGAAGAAGGGUCUGGACAUCCUGUAGGCAAGUUCAAGGGAUCCUUCCUUAUACCUGAAUCAGAGGCAGUGUCAUUCUCUGAGCCCCAGAUCUCCCGGGUAGUCCCACAGAACCGGCCCAUCAAGCUCCUGGUCAGAGUACAUGUGGUAAAGGCCACCAACCUGGCUCCUGCGGACCCCAACGGCAAGGCAGACCCUUACAUGGUGGUGAGUGCUGGCCAAGAGCUGCGGGACACCAAGGAACGCUACAUCCCCAAGCAGCUGAAUCCCAUCUUUGGAGAGGUCCUGGAGCUCAGCGUCUCUCUCCCUGCCGAGCCGGAGCUGACUGUGGCUGUGUUUGAUCAUGACCUCAUGGGUUCUAAUGACCUCACUGGGGAGACCCACUUUGACCUGGAAAACCGAUUCUAUAGCCACCACAGGGCGAACUGUGGGCUGGCCUCCCAGUAUGACGUGGAUGGGUACAAUGCCUGGUGGGAUGCAUUCCGGCCUCCGCAGAUCCUGGCGGGGCUGUGCCAACGCUGUGGCCUCUCCCGCCCUGAGUACCGAGCCGGGGCUGUCAAGGUGGGCAGCAAAGUCUUUCCGACACCGCCUGAGACCCUGCCCCCAGAAGCCAAGCUUGCGCACCUCUUGUUGCAGGUGGGGGGGCCCCCGGGGGCCAGGGAGGUCCCCGAGGAGGCGCAGGCGCUGCUGGUGCUGCAAGAGAGGCCGGAGCUUGGGAUCCAGCUGGUGCCCGAGCACGUGGAAACUCGGCCCCUCUACCCUCCCCGUAGCCCAGGGCUGCUGCAGGGAUCCCUUCCCAUGUGGACCGAUAUCUUCCCCUGUGAUGUGCCUGCCCCACCCCCAGUUGACAUCAAGCCUCGACAGCCAAUCAGCUAUGAGCUCAGAGUCAUCAUCUGGAACACGGAGGACGUGGUUUUGGAUGAUGUGAACCCACUCACUGAAGAGCUGUCCAGUGACAUCUAAGUGACAUCCUCAGUGGGACCCUUCAGCCUGGUCCUGCAGGUCUGGGACUAUGACCGUGUCUCCGCCAACAACUUUCUUGGAUCCCUGGAGCUGCAGCUGCCAGACAUGGCGCAGGGGGCCGGGGCCCCCGAACUCUGCUCCGUGCGACUGGCCCACGACGGGGCUGGGCCCAGGUGCAACCUCUUUCGCUCACGCCGCUUGCGGAGCUGGUGGCCUGUGGUGAAGCUGCGGGAGCCAGAGGGAGCCCAGGAGCAGCGCGAGGCUCCAGCGGGCAAGAAGAGGCGGAGGAAGAGGAGGAAGGACCGGCCCAAGGACUUGGCGUUCACAGACCCUGGAGGCGACGUCCACAUCCUCAUGGGGAAGGUGGAGGCAGAGUUUGAGCUGCUGACCGCGGAGGAGGCGGAGAAGUGGCCGGUGGGGAAGGGGCGGCAGGAACCUGAGCCCUUGGACAAGCCCAAGUGA